GAGAUGGUGGAAGAGGAAAGAAGGGAGAUCCCUGAGUACAAGAGGGGUGACUUAGAGGACACUGAAGAGGAGGAGGAGAAGGAAGAUGACAAGGUGGACAUUCUCCCACCUGAUAAAAGUAUCCGAAGGAGAGCUGUGGGCUGGGUAAACAAGAAGUGGGAGAAGAGGAACCUCAAAAAGAUAGAGAGAACCUGUCAGAGAGAAGCUGAGGAGGGCGAUAAGAUCGUCCACAUAGUCAUCCCUGGACCCAUAAGGCUAACCAUGACCCGGGCAGAGAGAGAGAGGGAGAAGAGGAAGGAGCUGCUGAAGGCUGAGGAGAGAAGGAAGAAGUUGGAGGAUUUCAAUAAGCAGUGGAGAGUGCAGUCGCUGCUUAAAAAACACACUCAUCAACAACUGAAGGAGGAGAGGGAGAAGAUGAAGGAAAAGUACCUGGAGCAGAUUAAUCUGGAGGCUGAUGAGCAAAUCCAGAAGUUCAGCACCCAGUACAUCACCCGGUGUCCAACCACCCAACACAGCCACGACUACAACCACGGUCAGGAAUUGCCGGGGUGGGCGACAGGCCAACAAGUAAGCCAAGAGCCUGUUGCAUCUGGAGAUGGCCAGCAGGAGGGGCCAAGGAGGCAACAGGCAUGGGCAGAGAACCAGGAGGGGAGUUCAGAGAACCAGCAGGAGGGGCCAGAGAACCAUCAGGGGGGGCCAGACAGCCAGCAGCUAGAAGCUCCAGAAGAGGUUGAAACAUCAGAGCCAACCUCCAACAACAAGAAAAAGCCAAGCAUCUGGAAGAGAAUUAAGAUGGGGUAA